GGCCUUUUUCCGAGCUAUGUUCAGCUCCAUUAUCAUGUGAGCUUCUGAAACCUCCACGAUUCUCUCCGUCUGCCGCUUAUAACUGUGUUCUUCUUGUCUCGAUUUUCUUUCUUUUCUUUACUCUUCAAAGAACCAGAACUGAACCAGAAACCCAUUAAAUAAAGAUUCAACAAGAAAGCAACAGCUUUUGUUUUUUUAUUAGGUGCAAAAACGAGACACCAACAAACACCAAUCUCCGAUCACUAUUCCUUGGUGUCUACUUCAUCUCCCAACCAAAAACGAAAGACCCAUCUCACCUGCUAUCAAAGAAACAAUCUUUUUCAUGUUCCAAACAUCUUCUCUUAAAUUUGAGAAAUGGUGGAGUUCAAGAAACCCACCAAGAACAACAGGGGAUUCUUUGUUAAUAUGAAACUUGUACACAGGCAUGGACGGUUGCAAUCUCAGCAAGAGAAAACCAAUCUCUGUUUCAAAUAUUACAAGUUCUUUCUUUGGGUUUCUCUUUCUCUUUAUUUCUUGAGCUCUUACUGCAUUAGCCACAAGCCUAUUCCUCUGUCCAAAACCCAUUAUUUCUCCAAAUCCAACGUAGUUUCUCGUGCCCUCUUUGAAUCCACCAACUCUACAUUCAUUCAACAGCCCAAGAACAAUCGAGCUUUGUUAAAAGAUUUGAAGAUAUAUGUCUACGAAUUGCCAUCGAAAUACAACACAGACUGGCUGGCUAAUGAGAGAUGCAGCAACCAUUUGUUUGCGUCUGAGGUAGCUAUUCACAGAGCAAUAUCGAACAGCGAUGAUGUACGGACAUUUGACCCUUACGAAGCUGAUUUUUUCUUUGUCCCUGUGUACGUGUCCUGCAAUUUCAGCACCGUUAAUGGGUUCCCUGCAAUCGGUCACGCCAGGUCUCUCAUGUCCUCCGCCGUUCGGCUUAUUUCCACUAACUUUCCCUUCUGGAACCGUUCCCAGGGAGCUGACCAUGUCUUUGUUGCCUCUCACGAUUUUGGCUCUUGCUUCCACACACUGGAGGAUAAGGCUAUCGAAGAUGGGGUGCCGGAGUUUUUGAAGAAUUCGAUAAUAUUACAGACUUUUGGCGUCAACUAUUACCACCCAUGUCAAGACGUGGAGAACGUGGUGAUACCACCUUAUGUCUUCCCGGAAAGUGUACGAUCAAGCCUUCUAAAAGCUCCGUUGACCGAUCGGCGAGACAUAUGGGUUUUCUUCAGAGGCAAGAUGGAAGUUCAUCCCAAGAACGUUAGUGGUCGAUUUUACAGCAGGAAGGUGAGGACAGAGUUAUGGAGGAAGUUCAGCGGCGACCGGAGGUUCUAUUUGCAGAGGCAUAGAUUCGCGGGUUACCAGUCGGAGAUAGUACGGUCGGUGUUUUGUUUGUGUCCAUUGGGAUGGGCCCCAUGGAGUCCCCGACUAGUCGAAUCAGUCGCGUUGGGAUGCGUGCCGGUAAUUAUUGCAGAUGGUAUCCGAUUGCCAUUCCCCGACGCGGUUCCGUGGCCGGAGAUAUCCCUCACGGUUGCUGAAAGGGAUGUGGCGAAGCUGGGAAUGAUCCUGGAACACGUGGCAGCCACUAAUUUGUCAGCUAUUCAGAAAAAUCUGUGGGACCCAGCAGUCAAGCGGGCCCUACUUUUCAACAAUCAGAUAGAAGAAGGGGAUGCGACGUGGCACGUGCUUUACGCCCUGGCACAGAAGCUGGAUAGGUCGCAUAGGACAGUAAGGGUUUGGGACUAAUAAAAGGAGAACACGUGGAUUGUCCUGAUUUGUGGAGCACAGAACAGAGGAUUAGUGCCCGGUUCCAGCUCCUACAUGUGUGCUUUUUCCUACGUGGAGUUGCAUGUAAUCUAAGAUUAUGGAGUACAGCUGGAUUUUCCGACUGCCGCGUAGCAAGAGAUGUGAUGUUAAGAUUUUUUGUAGUCACGUGACUUGGUGGACAAGGAUUGGUCGUAGAGUGGUGUACAUAGAUUAUAUUAUAUAUAUUUUGGACAGAAUGCACAAAAUAUUUUUGUCAUUUAUUCCAAUAUUCACACGUGUAACUUUAUAGGACAUCCUUAGCUGUGAUUUUUUUGAAAUUUGGAAGGGUUAGCUUAGUUGUAAUAUUAGAUUCAAAUAAAGAAAACUUAGUGAUGUCAA